CGGCGCGCACUGUCUUCUGGCCUCAAAAUGUCCGUACAACUGGCUUUUGUUACGGCUGGACCGCGCCAACACUUUGUGUUGCUGCCGUCUCCACUGAUUCCUGGGAGGACUGGGGCGACGAUGCGCGAUGGGUUUCCUGUGGAGGUCCUCCGGUGUACCUCGGACAGUGUGUCUUUGAUCCCGGAAAUGUGCAUCCAAGUCUAGAAUUUCCGGAUCUGAGUGAAUAUACGAUCAUCUAUUACCGACGUCAUCCUACAUCCUCCCUUCGAUUUCACGUCCUUGAGCCACCGACGCCGCGGACAAACCCGCAGGCCCGCAGUCUCGCAUUCGCGAAACUACGAGCGCAUGACUUCACACGUCCUUUGCCAACAGAAAGUCAAGGUAUCGACAGCCUUGUGGUCAAACAGUUCAAUGCAGCACAUGCGGUGCAUGAUAUCAUUGGGGCAGUUGGACUGCACAAGCUCACGUUCCAAUAUUUCUUCGCGGUCGUUGUGACGAUACUAUCGGCCCCGAAACGAUGGCUUCCCACUCCAAACUCUACCUUUGAUGGUCUCAUGGGAGUAUUAUCCGAGCUAUCAUCCACCGCAGCUUGACGCCCGAACCCGACAUUUGGUCUUCCUGAGCCAGACAGCAUAUUCUCUACGUGACCAGGAUCUUGUCGAUGUUUCGGCUUAUGCGCGUCGAUACAUCACUUUCUUCAACACCGUCUGGCUCAUCCUGAACGAUGUCACAAUCGGCGUCGCUUUCGGCUCAUUUUUGUCCGAAAACAGUGCUGCUAUCGCGGGUAUUGUAAACGACUUUGUCCAGACUCAGCUGAUUGGGUAUCUCCUCUCCACGCUGCAGUGGCUCGAUUCUUGGCCUGCAGGCUUGAAACUCAACACCGAGCUCAGUGCAAGUUAUGCCCGAGCUUUUAGUGGAUUGAUCACUGUAUGGGCAACUUGUUUACGACAUCUGGCCCCUGGUCUGCAGACCACGCUUGGAGUUCUCGGCCUGCUCACUUGCUGGUUCGGUUUGAGUACCGGACUUGCAGCUGCAGCUGAUCUGCUGGCCUUUGUUACGAUGCACAUAACAUUAUGUUACUUCGUCACACGGUUCCUCUAUGCGUGGAUGCUGACAACGGCGGGAUCACUGUGGAGACUGUUCCGAGGCAAGCGGUACAACGUACUGCGAAAUCGUAAUGAUACCUGGGAGUAUGACACCGAUCAACUCCUGCUCGGCACCAUCCUGUUCACUCUUCUGACGUUCUUGUUCCCCACUGUGCUUGUGUAUUACGCUCUCUUUGCGGUGCUGCGUUUUGGGACGCUGCUUCUGACCGCGUUGUUGGAGACGCAGAUCGCGCUUAUGAACACAUUCCCCCUGUUUGCUCUGAUGCUUCGCGUGAAAGAUCCAUGGCGGCUACCUGGAGGGAUAUAUUUCCACGUAGGCUCCACUCUCACCAUCAAAAAUCAGCCUGUACCUUUGUCCACCAUCUUUGUGCAAUACGUCCGUCUCUGUGCGAGACUCGCGGCACAUUACAAUCCUCUACGUCUCCUGUGGUGUGUUCUUCGUGGCGACCUGUUGGCGGCUAUACCUCGGACCGAGAUGCUGGUGGAUUGAGUGACUGGACUGGGCAGAUCGUGAGGAUCCUCCCUGGUUCAUGGAGCCUCUCAGUCGCGCGCAGUAAUGUGGCAAGUGCACAUUGAUGCGGGAUACUCGGACAUGGACAACUCGCCGCCAACUGUUUCAAGCUUUCUGGAAAGUCUCCACUGCAUCUGAAGUACAGAAUUCAUACAACCGUCAUUCAUACGUUAUAUGGCCGUGUUCCGGCCCUCCAAUCGUGAAACACCCUGAGCUAGUACAGCACAUUCUCUGGGGAAUGAUCGACAUGCCCACCACGCCUACACCCCGCGACCACGUAGCAAGGCAGCGAGGACUACUUAUGACUUGGCAUUCUGAUACCCUCGAACAUCCCUUCUUCCUUCCACUGUUACUGCCGGCACAGAUGCCCUCGACAGUCGCCCUGGCCUAUGUGUGUCUCGGAGGUUUUGUUGUAGCUCUCUGCAUCAACGAGGUCGUGGUCGCGACUCUCUUCGGUAUACUUGUUGGGCCGUAUUGCGCCAAUAUCUUCAAUCCCCACGACUGGGGUGCCGAGUCGAACAAAAUCACUCUCGAAGUUCUGCGGGUGGUGCUGGCUGCCGGUCUGUUCGCGAUUGGGGUCGAGCUGCCGAAAAGUUACAUGGCCCAGCACGCGAAGGGGCUGCUGAUUCUCGUCGUGCCAACGAUGGCCGUUGGCUGGUUCGUUGUUGCAGGCCUGAUACACGUCCUGUUCCCCAAACUUGAGUUUGUGUCGUGCUUGGUUAUCGCCGCGUGUCUGACCCCGACCGAUCCGAUCAUCUGCGCGUCCAUCGUAGGUGGAAAGUACGCCGCCAGGCAUGUCCCGCUCAAGCUGCGCCAAGUCAUCUCGGCCGAGUCUGCUGCCAACGAUGGGCUGGCAUACCCCUUUCUUUCCAUCUCCCUCUACUUGACACUCGAGGCUUCUCGAGCGGAGGCAUUCAAGAAAUGGGUCCUCGUCGGAUGGCUCUACCAGGUCAUCCUCGGAAGUGUCAUUGGUGCUGCACUGGGUGCUGUCAACGCGAUAGGCAGUGACGAUCUGCUUGCUGCUUUUGCCGCAGGUAGCGCGAUAUCUUGGGAUGGUCGCUUCAAUGAUGUCACCGAGGACGAGAUAUUCUGGCCAGUGAUCGACCUCGUCCUCAACUGCGCCUGUUUUGUGUACAUCGGCGCCUGGAUUCCAUUCGGAUCCUUCGAUGGGCCUGCGCUGGGUAUCACGCCCUGGCGAUUGAGGGCACUGCUGAUAGCUGUCAUAAUUGUGCGCCGGAUCCCUGCUGUGCUGAUGUUGUACCAUUGGGUUCCGGAGAUCGAAGGUUGGAGGGAAGCCCUGUUUGCAGGACAUUUUGGGCCGAUGGGCGUCGGCGCGGUCUUCGUCUCCACCAUGGCUCUCACUCGGCUUGCGCCCCCGCAAAACGGCGACGACCCCGAGACACAAGUUGCCAUUCUUGCUAUGUGUCUCCAGCCGAUUGUUGCGUUCCUUGUUCUCGGGUCUAUAUUCAUUCACGGGCUCUCAAUACCGCUCUCGUGUUUCCUCCGAAGCAUUGUCAAGCCACCUCUGGGGAUGAACACGUCACCAGCAUCCACCGUCGUUGCUCCCGUAAUAGAACUUGAGUUGGACAGGACGAACUUCGGCCGCGAUAAAGUUCACUCAACCGUGCUGGGCGCACACCCGACUGGCGAAGAUGCGGAUCCACGAGCAGGUCCCGAUGCUGCACAACCCCACGACUGCGAUCCAUAAGUUGAUCUGAAUGUGUCUGUAUUUAUGGAUAAACAGAGUAAAAAGACUGCUCGAUUGUCUCUAGACCGCUGCCACGAAAGUGGCACAUCGCUUUGCUAUAUCACAACGGAAGCUUGCAGAUAGCACGCCGGCACUUGUAGGAAAGCACAGACAAUCCGUGGGCCAAUUAUGGGGUGUUCUCUGCCCUUGUCGUCGACAACUCCAGCGUCCACGUCAGGAGCUAUUCGACAGGACGGAGAAUAUUGAGUGGUCCGUCGUUGUAAGAUGCUGCUCAUCCCAAUAUCAGUCCAAAUCGAGAUCCUUCUCGUCCGGUGCAAUAAAGACGAGAGGCUCAAUGGAACAUCCAACUGCCCAAACGAACCGGCCAAGAGCUAAGGUUGCUCUGCUAACAACAGCUCCAUGGAGGAGAAGUAAUUGUGCAUUUGUGCGUUCUCGUAGAGGCGAGCAGCUACAACGCAUCCGGCCGUUUCUCCGCCGCCGACGAUGUAGAUCUAUGUGCUUCCCGAAAUGUAGGUCAGGGUUUAGUAGGUACCGCGUAUAUGGUUCCGAAUAUCUGAUAUGUAACCCCGACGUGUGUAGUGACCUCAAAGGUCACACGCCUUACAUAAUUGAUAUUGCGUUUGUU